CUCCCACUCAGUGCUGAGUGCUGGCUUUCAGGCGCUUAAGAUGUGCUGGAAGCUUGUUAGAGCGUCUCUCCUGAGUACAACUGUUUAUUGUACGAACUCGCUUUUUGAAAUACAAUUCCUGUUGGAAAGACGAGCUUUCACGACGCCUAGUCGCAUUGAGUCAUCAUCGAACUGCGGCUGACAUAGGAGUAUUGUGACAGUUGUCCUGCUCUCCUCCCUCUACCUCCGGCCCCCCAGUGCCUCGCUGCAUGACCUCCGACCACCACUCGUCAACGCUGAGCUACGGGGCAGGCAGGAAACGGCCCCGUCUUCAUCCAGGUUUCCUUUCUCUGGACUCCUGUCUCCUCUUGGCUGUCACUUCCUCAGUUGGGAGAAGCUGACCAUCUAGCGCCUCCACUUGGACCAGUGGAGGUGUCCGAGCCCCCUCCCGCCUUCUCCUCCUCCAUCCUCAAAAAUUUACAUAAAGAAUUUUUCUUCUUGGUUUGAUUGAGCCCGGUUCUGCCGGCCACGUGACCUGUCAAAACUGGGGCGCGAUUCAUGUGAUGCGACAAUGUCGGAUCUGGGCGAGCGCAGGCCGGUCAACACGGACUACGCUGUCUCCCUGCUGGAGCAGCUCAAGUUCUUCUACGAGCAGAAGCUAUUGACUGACGUGGUCCUGCUGGUGGAGGACACAGAGUUCCCGUGUCACAAGAUGGUUCUGGCCACUUGUAGCUCUUACUUCAGAGCGAUGUUCAUGAGUGGGCUGAGCGAGAGCAAGCAGACGCACGUGCACCUGAGGAACGUGGACGCACCCACGCUCCAGAUCAUCAUCACAUACGCCUACACGGGCCACCUGGCCAUCAGCGACAGCAACGUAGAGCUGCUCUACGAGACCGCUUGCUUCUUACAGGUGGAGGACGUCUUGCUGCAGUGCCGAGACUACCUCGUGAAGAAGAUCAACCCGGAGAACUGUGUCCGUAUGCUGAGCAUCGGCGACCUGUUCAGCUGCAGCGAGCUGAAGCAGAGCGCCAAGCGCAUGGUGGAGCACAAGUUCCCCACCGUGUACCGACAGGACGCCUUCCUACAGCUUUCCCACGAGCUCCUCAUUGACGUCCUGAGCAGUGACAACCUCAACGUGGAGAAAGAGGAGACAGUGCGUGAGGCCGCCAUGCUGUGGCUGGAGUACAACAUGGAGGCACGCUCGCAGCACCUGUCGUCCGUGCUCAGUCAGAUCCGCAUCGAUGCACUGUCUGAGGUGACACAGCGGGCAUGGUUCCAGGGCCUGCCCCCCAAUGACAAAUCUGUCGUGGUGCAAGGCCUUUACAAGUCCAUGCCCAAGUUCUUCAAGCCCCGCCUGGGAAUGACCAAGGAGGAGAUGCUCAUCUUCAUUGAGGCCUUGUCCGAGCCGCAGGAGGAGGUUCGCGUCUUGUCGACGUCCGUGCCCACCACCGUGGUGUGCUACAGCCCGCAGGCCGAGAAAGUCUACAAACUCUGUAACCCACCCGGAGACCUGCAGAAAGUGGGCGCCCUGGUCACUCCGGACAACGACGUCUUCAUUGCCGGUGGACAGAUCGCCCUCAAGAACUCCAUCAGCAACCUCGGCAUGGCAGGCUUCCGCUCGGUGGACAGCUUUUUCUGGUUUGACGCCCAACAGAACUCCUGGGUGGCAAAGUCCCCAAUGCUAUGCGCCCGCAUCAAGCCCUCGCUGGUCUACUGCGACGGCUACAUCUAUGCAAUUGGUGGUGAUAACGUCGGCGGUGAGCUGAACAAGCGCACAGUGGAGCGAUACGACUGUGAGAAGGACGAGUGGAGCAUGAUGAGCCCGCUGCCUUUCGCCUGGAACUGGUGCACGUCUGUGGUGGUGCACGACCGCAUCUACGUGAUGACGCACGACAUCAUGUACUGCUACUUCUCCCGUGUCGACGCCUGGGUGGAGAUGGCCAUGCGCAAGACCAGCCGCUGUUUCGCCUCUGCCGCCGCCUUCGGAGAUCUCAUCUUCUACAUCGGCGGCCUCCACGUGGUCAGCAACUCGGGUAUCCGCCUGCCCACCAGCACCAUCGACGGCCCGUCCGUCACAGUGGAGAUCUACGACCUCAACAAGAACGAGUGGCGCCCGGCCGCCAACAUCCCCGCCAAGCGCUACUCGGACCCGUGCGUGCGCGCCGUAGUGCUGCUCAACUCGCUGUGCAUCUUCAUGCGCGAGACCCACAUGAACGAGCGUGCCAAGUACGCCAUCUACCAGUACGACGUGGAGCUGGACCGCUGGUGCCUGCGACAGCCGGUGUCGGAGCGCGUGCUGUGGGAUCUGGGCAAGGACUUCCGUUGCGCUGUGGGCAAGCUGUACCCCUCCUGCCUGGAGGAGUCUCCGUGGAAACCGCCCACCUACCUCUUCUCCCCCGACGGAGCUGAGGAGUUCCAGAUAGACGGGGAGCUUGUGUCUCUCCCUCACGUAUGGCUCUGAAAGACCCCCACCCCUUGGGGAAGGUGGGUCUCCACCUCAUAGACGAUGCGGCCAACACGCGUUAAAAACAUGAAACGACGUAGUAAUCGUGCUAAUUUCAUUUCCCGACAGUUUAUUUUGUCCACAUGACAUCUGAGAGUCUUUUACGACAUGUCACUCUGGACGUGAUGACGCACUUAACUGGUAACCUCCCUGCCCCCCCUUUUUCUGUCCUAUUUUUAAAGGCUAGUUGUCUUCUUAACUGCACCUUGAAGAAAAAAAAUGCAGCACAUCAUUGGAUGGAUCAGCUUCUUCAUAGUUACCUUUCAACCCUGGGCGGGUGGGAGACCUCCCACCGAACUAAAUCAUGCAUCCAUCUUUAAUUCCUCCAACAACUCGGACUUGCAUCUUUUUUGUCAAAAAAGGCCUUGCAGAGUGCAGAGCGGGGGCUGUGUGGUUUGUUUUUGAGGGGAGUUGGCGGUAUCGAGGGUGACUGCAGGUUCGGUCGCUUGCCACCUCCACAGGCCACGCCCUCCCAUCCCCUCCCGCUCAGGCCUUCCACACAACCAGCAGUUUACACCUCACGCCGUGAGUCACAUGAUGGUUGCAAACACACAUCUCCACCAGCAGUUUAUUUUUUUUUAUUUCCAAGCUGCUGAAAUAUAUAUUAUAUAUAUAUAUAUAUGAUAAAAAAUAUCUAUUUUUCAUAUGUUAAAAACACGUGUUCCAGUGUGGGUAAAAUAACCAGGUCUAUUUUGUAUUAGUCUUUUUUUGUUUGUUUGUUUAGAUCUUUUUUUUAAUUUUUUAUUUAAUAUCAGACAUUACUGUAGUGUGACUGUGGCUAGAAAUCCAUUCUCCCAUCCCAGUAACAUGAAUAAUAAGGAACCUGAUUGGUUGCAAAGGGAGGGGGCUGGCCCAGGGCCGUUGUCAUGGAAACCGUCUCCUAGCAACCACUAGCCGUAGUAAGGCGGUUUGGGGAGGGAACCUUAAACCGUGAGCACAGGUGCUUCAUGGUGAACGUUUCGAGCAUGUUUGGCUGCAUUAUAUUCCUUCGGCACUGUAUUUGGAAUGAACGUUAAUUUAUUAAAAAAACAUACCAAAAAUGUUCUUUAAACACUCUGCCAAUUUUUUGUUCUUCAUUUAAAUAAGCCCUGAAAGGAAUAAAAGCUCGUGGUAUACUUUUUUUAUUUUCAAUACAUCAAUAUAGCAUCUUGCUUUCUCCUCAAUAACAUUACAAGCAUCUGUCAGGAAAAAUAGUCUGAUCUUUUUUUUUUUUAAAUACAAAAUGAAAAUAUAUCAUCAGAGGAAUACAAAAAGAAACCAAAAACAUUCAAAUAAGAAAUGAGACGCAGCAGGAAGGGAGAAACAAGUGACGCACGUGUGACAUGCUUCUCAUCCAGCUUAGUGUGAAUAGAAUAAAAAAAAAAAAAAACAAGAUAAAACAUUACAGUUAAAAUUCACACAGUGGGGAACUAAAAGGCUGCAAACAUCAGGACUUUCUCCAGUGUCCGGACAAAACACACACAAGGUUAAACACAACAAAUGAAUACAAUUUAAAUAGUUUUGCUCUGUACAAAAAGGCCAAACAUGCAACCUGGCUUUGUCAGUUUUUAGGUUUGAUUGCACAAAGAUUGAUGUCAUAACACUGUGGCUAUUUUAGCAACAGUAUUCAACGCAUUUCAUUUGUGUAUAUGCUUGAUAUACUGUUUAAAAGGACUUAACUGAGUGGUGUAAAACAGAUGGAUAAAAAUAAAUGGGUUGUUAACAUGUAAUUUUUAUAACAACUUAUUUAUAUAAUUAUUGUUUAUAUAUAAAAAAUAUAUAGUUUUUCUGGCCUUAAGAGAAUUAAUCUCAGUUGUUGGCAUGCUAAACCAACAGGGUAUUCUUAGUAAAUCUUGGUGGGUGUCUACGUUUCUCAGUAAAAUGUAAAAUACGAUCAAUCUAUUUUGUGCUGAUUGAGCGUUCAAAUGCUGAAAAAAAAAUGCUUUUGCCUUUGUUGUUUGCGCUGUUACCAAGGUAACCACAAUAUUAUGACUCCAGCGCACUUGUCGGACCAAAAGGGGGGUCUAGUCGCAAACGGUGAAGACAACAUCUUUAACGUCUCACAGGAAGUACUCGUCGGCGCUACCUUUAUCUCGGGAGGCGAACUAGCUGAUGUGAUAGUGUUUGGGGGAACCAACCUCUGCCACCACCCUUCAUGACGCCGGAUUAUGGUAGUUUAGCCCAUGGAGGGAACGGAUCUGGUCAGGGUUUGACCUCUGUAGCGGGCUCGGGAACGCCCGCGUGGGACACUGCUGCGGGCUGAGCCAGAGUGGAGAACCAGGAGGACAUGGCCGAUUUGGCGCUAGUUAAGGCUCCGCCCACGGACUGACCUGAUCGGGUAAGAUCGGAGACACCACAAGUAUGACGGUAUGUCUUUCUUAGUCAAUAGCAGCAGGGGGCAUAGCUGUUUGAAGAACAAUGCCCCCUGGUGGCUGACAUGCAUAGGUACCACUUACCCAACUAUUUCUAUAUUGAUUAUAGAAAUAAUUGCAAAACAUCUUACCCACGGCCUUACUGGUCUGCACGACGCUCCUGCUGGUGGUCAUCAUGGCGUUCCCGAGUUUCUUCCCUCGCUCGCUGUUGUUCACUGAGCUGUGGUGAGCAGCAAGAAGCAAGGUGAGAAAUAACUACGUCACAUCAGGUUUAAACUUGGCCAGGAUUUGUUUGCUAAUUUUGAAAUGUCGGGUGAACGUGGGAAGAUUAUAUGUAUACAUUACAUUUUUAUGAGAGGGGCCGUUUUGGGACAGAAGGGUAAAAAGUGGGACUUUAUGACCCAUAUAAGGGUUAAAAAAAAUCUUAAAUAGCUGUUGAAGCCAAAGAAAACACAAAGUAAAGAUGCUAGACCGCCGCACGGUUCCUACCUAUCAAAAUAAAGCAAUUUUCAAAUAGAAAAUCGGAUGUUAAAUCUGUUACUCACUUAACUUGGCAGUGCAGAAGCUCACACUUUUAGAUUUCAUUUGAUAUCGUCAUUGCUUUACUUGUAAAUGAUUUAGUUAGGUUUAAUGGCACAAUGGGGUAGUGUGUGUGUGUGCGCACGCGCGCAACUUUACAAUGCCACCUGAACACACCAUAAAGUGAGGCGUGUGUGAGUGUGGAACACUAGAAGCGUCCAGCUGUGCCCAGAGUCACGUUUCAUCCACACUUCCUGGAAGGUAAGUGGAGAUUGGGAAGUUGAGAAGCUACGGAGGUGGGGGUGGGGGGUUGUUUUUUUUAAGAAUGAAACUAGCUCAUAAUUAAUUACUUUAACGGUGUGCAGAAAUUAAUAUCCAUGUCAGUUGGUUACCGCCGACCCCUAAGUACGUUUUAAUGAGGUAAGCCAGUCAAUGGACUGAAAACAUUGUCAAUUCAUCAUUAAUACUUACUAAUUGUUCAUGGUAAAUUCCUUAUUUGUUGUUGAGUUUUUGGCUUUAAUAUUUAAAAAUUCAAACAUUACUAUUAUGCAGAUCCAACAUGAACUGUAAAUGGUGUUUGUUAUUAAAUAACAUAAAAAUACACUAUUGGGUGAGAAGUAAAUCUUUCCGAUUGUCAACACAAGAGGGCGCCAACACAACUUUUUCCCUGUUUUUUUGUACUUUUGAAUUGGUUUCAUAGUUUGCUGGAAAAACUUGACUCACUGUGACAGGCGGAGUUUCACAUCAGCCACGCUGUACUGUCCCUGGAAAGGAUGUCUGCAGCAGAGAACAGGAGCGUACAUCAUCAGCAGGAAGAUGCCAUGUUUAUUGUUAGAAGACUGGAGAAGGUGAUGGUACCCUGGGGUGAUGGCGGCCAUGGCGGGGUGCGUGUUGCUGUGCCAUAGGCGGUAGUUGUGUGUGAUCUUCCAGGCAGUGACGAAGGGUGCGCCGUAAUCUGCCAGUAGCCUCUCGUUAUCUGAGAUUUGAAAAAAUAAUGCAUUCUAAUGAGGCAACGUAACGAGGACAAAGGCCGAUUUAAAAACGGUCUAGUUUUAAUGCAAACGAUUAGAAAUUGGAGAACGUCAACAUCAAGCUAGCAGCAGGAGCGC